AUGAGUAUUUUUACUCCCUUACUCAAGAAGGGCAAGCCGUACAAAUGGAGUAAGGAAUGCCAGGAAGCCUUUCAGCAAGUGCAACAAAUAAUCACCAAACUGCCCACUAUGAGAGCACCCAUUCCUUGGCUUCCUCUCAAGCUUUAUUUGGUUGCAACAAACACGGCGGUUGGGGCCUUACUUGCCCAAGAUGAUCACGGCGGGGAAGAAAGUCCCAUUUAUUACGUAAGUAGGCAACUAAGGGAAGCUGAAAUGAGAUAUCCAAAGACCGAACUCUUGUGCCUUUCUCUUGUCUAUGCUGCACAGCGUUUGCGGCAUUACUUCCUUGCUCACAAGCUACAUCUCAUGGUAAAGUCUGAUCCCGUAAGAUAUUUGCUCAUAAGGCCGGUGUUAUCUGGACGUCUUGCACGUUGGUUGCUACAACUGUCUGAGUUUGAUAUCACAUGUACCAUCCCAAAAGCCAUCAAAGGACAAGCCGUGAUUGACAUGCUGUCUCUAUUUCCCGAAGUUGAAGAAUCAGCAAUCUCUAAGGAAGUUCUGGGGGAGCUGCCAGAAAUGGUUGUUGUAGUCACAGAGGCGGAACCAUGGAUCCUCUACUUCGACGGGUCUUCUACAUCGAAGGGUGGAGGAGCAGGUGCUGUGCUUGUCAAUCUCGAGGGGCAAGCCAUGGCCCUUUCAUUUAAGCUGAAUUUCCUAUGCACAAAUAAUACGGUGAAGUACGAAGCUUUCAUCAUGGGGAUGUCUACAGCAAGGGAGAUGGGUGUUGAAAGAAUUAAAAUUAUUAGGGACUCAAACCUGGUGCUGAGUCAAUUACAUGGAAAUUUCGCUGUGAAAGAGCCAAUAUUGGGGCCGUAUCAUACAGCUGCUGAAAGGCUUGUUCGUUCUUUCAAACAAGUAGUGUUAGAACAUAUUCCCGGGGUUACUAAUAGGUAUGCUGAUGCCUUGGCCACUUUGGGAUCGAAGCUCUCAUUUGUUGAAAAACAACCCAAUAUUGCUGUGAUCAAGAAAGACAUGCCAGUGAUCGAAGCAAUGGCUCAAGAGGAGUAG